UCACACAGACUACACUCUCUAUCGCGGCGGCCGCCACCACCGGUAUCACCGUCACAGAGGUCGGAACAUCCUCCACUUUUUCUAUCCACUCACCACUUCUCCAGGACGUCGAAGACUAAUCUGUUGAAUUCCAAACGAUGGGUGAAGUCAUUCUAGGAAUGCCAGGACCUUGGGCUGAUGAUAAUUCUGAAGCAGCUGAUCAUUACACAACAAAAAUCGGUGGACUUCCGGACUGGCCUUGUCUUAAGUUGGUUACAAGACCUAAUCUUCUUAGGUGUGAUUCUUGUGGAGAUAACCUCUGUCUUGUGGCUCAGAUUUAUGCUCCGAUUUCCAGCAAGAUAUUGACAGUAGAAGAGCGUGUAAUUUAUAUAUUUGUUUGUGUUGCAUCAACAUGUGAGACCAUGAGCUGGUGUGCUCUCCGUGUUCAAAAAUCUUCCCAUGAUAGAGAAUCAGAGACUUCAGGUCAUGAUUCUUCUGCAGCCCCUUUAACCACUGAGUUGCGGGAUGAUCCAUGGGCAUUCGACUUUGAUGAUGAGAAUGAUGAAGAUGAUGCAAUAGAUCUAGAUGCGUUAGGUAGGGCGCUUACUGAAGCAACAACCUUGGCUUCUGCUUCUCAAACAAAACGGCAGAACACUCGUCCAGAUGCUAUUGCCAAAUGCUCACCUAUAAGCCUAAGAGGUAGAGCAGUUGAUGACAAAACAGCAGUGUUACCGUGCUUUUAUAUAUAUACUCAGGAGGAGAAAUAUUCAAGGGAUGUUGCUUCUGUCUCUACGAGCAUUUCUUCACUUAAUAUCAAAGAGAACCAAAGUGAUGGUAAUGAGCAUGCACCCGAGGAAGCAUGGGAAGGGGAAAGUUAUGAGUAUGACAGAGCUCUAAACGCUGACAGAACCUACCUUAAGUUCAAGAAACGAUUGGAUAUAUACCCAGAGCAAUGUUUCAGAUACUCGUAUGGUGGGAAGCCUCUUUUGGCGAGUGCAGAAACAGGAGAUCCUGGAAGAUGCUUGUUGUGUGGUGAAUUAAGGCACUAUGAAAUGCAGCUGAUGCCUCCAUUAUUAUAUUAUCUACAGGAAGCAACAACAAACUAUUCCCUGGAAAGCUGGAACUGGAUGAGUCUACUUGUGUAUACUUGUUCCAAGGGUUGUGCACCCACCUUGAAGCAGGAAAGUGAUGGGUGGGUCGUCGCUGAGGAGGCCAUUGUGGUGCAAACCGAGUAGAACCUAAACAUUUUCAGAAGCCAUUGUGGUGCAAACCGAGUAGAAAAACACUUUCAGAAGCCGUUGAUGCUGCUUGUUUGCUCCAUUCUUCGUCUUUGUUGUUUGUAGCAUUAAAUUGUAUAUCCAGAUGUUACUUGUAUCUUCCCGGUUCUAAUAUUUUUGGUAAUUGUGGAUGUCUAAA